AGAAAAUGUCAGCUGCCAAAUGUAGUUGGGGCAGUCGACGGGACCCUUGUACCCAUUAUCAAACCUGCUGAGGCUGAAGAGGCCUAUGUGUGCAGGAAGGGGUUCCAUGCCAUUAAUGUACAGGCUGUCGUUGACGCCAACAUGAGGUUCACAGAUGUCGUGUCAAGAUGGCCUGGUGCGACUCAUGAUGCUGCGGUGUUUGAUAGCAGUGGCGUAAAAGAAUAUCUGAGCACCAAUGAUGUGGGUCAUCUGCUAGGGGAUAGCGGAUAUCCAUUAAGGACCUACCUCAUGACCUCUGUACCUCAUCCCUCCAAUGAUGGUGAGCAAGCCUACAGCGACCAUUUAUGUAGAGGACGGAUAGUCGUAGAACCAGCAUUUGGUGUUUUGAAAUCACGAUUUAGAUGUCUGCAUCGCACUGGUGGAUGCUUGCCUUUCCAGCCUAAUAAGUGCUGCGAAAUUGCAACAGUUUGCAUGCGCCUGCACAACCUGUGCUUGGAAUUAAACGUCCCUCUGAUAGACGAAGAAGUUGGGGACGAGAUUGAGCAGGAGGUUCCAAACAAUGCACCAGUGCAGGGAGCAGCAGUCAACAAGAGGCAGCAGCUGAUUGAACUGUUUCGUUAAAUGUUAGUUCUUUUAUGACCCCCCCCCCCUUCGAAGAAGAAGGGAUAUAUUGUGACGCGCUCUGAGACAUAGACAAAACAAGUCUUAAAAAUGUGUGUUAAUUAACAUCUGAUAAAGACAAAACAAGUCUUAAACAUGUGUGUUAAUUAACAUCUGAUAAAGACAAAACAAGUCUUAAAAGUGUGUGUUCAUUUACAUCUGAUAAAGACAAAACAAGUCUUAAAAAUGUGUGUUCAUUUACAUCUGAUAAAGACAAAACAAGUCUUAAAAAUGUGUGUUCAUUUAAAUCUGAUUAAGACAAAACAAGUCUUAAAAAUGUGUGUUCAUUUACAGCUGAUAAAGACAAAACAAGUCUAUACAAGGGACAAAAUUGUCACAAAACCAGGUUUUCAUUGUGAAAAAAAAAUCUGAUAAAGGGAGAAAACUCAAACUGAACUUUUGAAAUGAACAAACAAAAUUAACCCCCUUUGUAAGUUUGUUUAAAAAAAAUCUAUUUUUAGUCGUGGCGACCUUGACAUUGGAGAUAUUGACGUGAUUCUUUCGUGCGACACA